AUUCAUGUAGUUAUUUUUGUUCUGACUCGACUGAAAAUUCCCUAGAUUCAUUCGUAUUCCCACAACUUAACGUCAAAAUGCUCUAAUGUGAUGUGAUAGUGGUCGCCGAGGAACAAUGAUGACAAAGUGCUUGAAAUUGUUGUAAUAUCAAUAAAGAAGAUAAUUUAAUAAUAUGAUAGUAUGCUAGCAUCGACAAAUAUUAGCAAGGAACAUAUUUUUUUGUACAUUCAAAUAUAUAAGUGAUUUAUCGGCUUUGCAUACCUCGGCGUUCAUUUCAUUAAUUUGCUAAAAUGUUGUCUAUAGGACCAAAAAUGGAUGGGGGACCAAAUAUAAAGUAUUUUGAGUCCCCAGAAACACUCACUGCUCUAGAAGCAGUGAAAAACUGGUUACAGAAAAAUGGGAAAAAGUACGUCCAAAACGAACAACUUACAAAUAAAACACUAUCCACAACUACAGUUCAAUUUAUGCAAUUUCAAGAGGAUUUUUUGGGAAAGAAUGCCCAGAAGCCAACAAUGACGCGUAUACCUGUUAAAUAUUUCUUAGAUUUUAAGCCGGGAGGAGGUCUUUGUCAUAUGCUUUUAGCUGCCUAUAAAUUUAAGAGUGAACAUGGCUGGAGAAAGUUUGAAAUACCAACAGGAAAGAAUGUGUCAAAACUGGAACGUGUAUAUGAAAUGUUCCAAAGUAUGGAAAAGGCACUAAUAACUGCAAAACUAUAUACCUUGCCUAUUGUAUUUAUAAAACCAGAAAUCGAUAAGGCAGUAGCUCAAAAAGUAAAAGAAAUGGUCAGAAAAAGAAAUGGACAAAUAGUUGAAACUGAAGAUACAGCUACCCACAUAAUAUAUGGCUCAGUUGAUCCACUUAAGGAUGAAUAUGGGAGACCUACAUACAAAAGAGAUAAAAUGGUUAUGAUGCACUGGUAUUAUUUUCCAAAUUCUUUCGACACUUGGGUCAACCUGGAGUCAGCUGGACUGGAGGGACUUACGAUUGAAAAUAAUUCUAGUCCUCACUCAGGACCAUGGAGGGUGAGUUGUAAUUGGGUUUAUGAAACUGAUCAGUAUAAUGAAUGGAUGUCGGAGGAGGAUUAUGAAGUAGAUGAAAAUGGAGUGAAGAAAGUACAUCCUAGAUUAAUGUCUGUAGAAGAUUUAAUGAAUCCUUCAGAAGAUAGGAACAAAAAGAACAAAGGUAAAAGGAAACGCUCCCCUUCUCCUCCGUCAAAAGUAGGCAAAAGAAAAAGUGGAAGAAGUCCUGCUGUGGGGAAGAAAACAAGACCAGAGGAUCCCGAAUCUGAAGAUUUAACGAAAGACAUGGAAGAACCAACCCCAGAACCUAAUAUAGUUGAAGUUAAUCCUACUCCACCACCAACAAAUCAGCCUGUUAAGAAAGAUCAUGAAUUACAACCACUUAAAGGAGGAUCUAUAACUGAUUUAGAAGAGAACGAAGAAAGAGGUGAUGAUUCUCAAACUGGUAAAAAUAGUGAUAGUAAUACACAAGACGAUGGACAAGAAGAUAAUGUAACUGAGCAAACUCAUCACAUCAUUAUUCCAUCUUAUUCUGCAUGGUUUGAUUAUAAUUCAAUACAUGAGGUGGAAAAAAGAGCAAUGCCCGAAUUUUUUAAUGGAAGAAAUAAAUCUAAAACACCAGAAAUAUAUUUAGCUUAUAGAAAUUUUAUGGUUGAUACCUACCGGCUUAAUCCCACUGAAUAUAUAACUAGUACAGCUUGUAGACGCAAUCUUGCUGGAGAUGUUUGUGCUAUAAUGCGAGUCCAUGCAUUUUUGGAACAAUGGGGUUUGAUAAACUACCAAGUUGAUACAGAUUCCCGGCCUACACCUAUGGGUCCACCGCCCACAUCUCAUUUUCAUAUCCUUUCAGAUACACCAUCGGGUCUACAACCUAUUAACCCACCCAAAACUCCACAACCUAGCGCGGCAAAAACUUUAUUGGAUCUUGACAAAGUUCAGGAUGUUAAAAAAACUGAAAAUACAACAGAAAUUUCUAGUUUUGGCCUUAAAUUAGAUCAGUAUGCUAAGAAACCCGCUGUUUUAAGAAACAAAAGUGCAGCAUCUCUAACGAGGGAUUGGACUGAACAGGAAACGUUAUUAUUACUAGAAGGAUUAGAAAUGUAUAAAGAUGAUUGGAAUAAAGUGUGUGAACAUGUAGGUUCUCGCACUCAGGAUGAAUGUAUUCUGCAUUUUCUUAGGCUACCUAUUGAAGAUCCUUAUUUAGAAGAUCCAGAAGCUGGAGGGGCCUUAGGACCUCUAGCAUAUCAACCUAUUCCCUUCAGUAAAGCAGGAAAUCCAAUAAUGUCUACGGUUGCAUUUUUAGCAUCCAUAGUUGACCCUAGAGUGGCAGCAGCAGCCGCAAAAUCAGCUAUGAAUGAAUUUGCUAGAAUCAAAGAUGAAGUACCUGCCUCUGUUAUGGAUGCUCAUUUAAAGAAUGUUGAAGCUUCAAAUGCUGAAGGUAAGUAUGAUCCUGCUGCUAAUUUAUCACUUACCGGUAUAGCAGGAACAGUACCUGAUAAGGAAGAAGAAGAUAAAAUUAAAAAGGAAGAAAUUAAAGAGGAAGAUAAAGUUGCCGAGGAAAAGAAGAAUGGUGACAGUAAAGAAGAAAAAAGUAGUGAUAAAAUAAAGACAGAAACUUCAGAUGUCGAAAAAGAAGAAAAAAUUGAUAUAUCUGAAUGCAAAACAGAAAAAGUUAAAGAUAGUGAAAUGCAAAGUGCAGCGGCAGCUGCUUUAUCAGCUGCAGCCGUUAAAGCCAAACACUUAGCAGCUGUAGAAGAAAGAAAAAUCAAAUCAUUAGUAGCUUUGCUUGUUGAGACCCAAAUGAAGAAACUAGAAAUUAAACUAAGACAUUUUGAAGAACUGGAAACUACUAUGGAAAGAGAAAGGGAAGGUCUUGAAUAUCAAAGACAACAACUCAUCACAGAAAGACAACAAUUUCAUUUAGAACAGUUGAAAGCUGCUGAGUUUAGAGCUAGGCAACAAGCACAUCAAAGGUUACAAGCCGAACAAGGACAAUGGGCUGCUCAACAACCACCCACAACACAUUCAACCCCACCUACUGAAACUGGACCAAGUACAACUCCUACACCUCCAUCUCCCCAAGCAGCAGCAGUAGCUUCUCCACAAGCUCCGCCUCAUAUUCAUAUAUAAAAACAAGAUUAGAGGGGAGGUUCAUGAAUCCUACUUUCCCAACUAAUGCCACAGUUUUUAUAAUGGCUGAAGUAUUAAUUUAGGAAGUCUCAAUUUAUAGUUUUUGCUAUAAUUUUAUAAAAAUUAGAUUAAGUGAACUUUUUUUUUAAUUUUUAGGCUACAGGUAAAAGUGGCUUUGAUAGCCUGAAUAAAUUUCCAUUUAAAUGGAAUACUACAAUCAUGAUGCUUUAUGCUAAUUAUUUUGUCUUUUCAUUAUUUACUUCUACAUAUAUAUUUAAUUCAAAUUAUUGUGUACAUUUAAUUCAAUUUAUCAUGUAUAUUAAAUUCUAUUGAAUUGAUGAUUAGGAAUCACGUUUUUAUGGGAUUUAUAAAUAUGUAAUGUCCCAUUUUAAAACUUAGGGUAUAAAAAUUGUUAAAAACGAUACAAUAGUUGAACGAAUUGUGAAUUAUUGCAACUAGACGUGCUGAAAUAAUGGAAAUUCUCCGAAAUUUCAUGACAAAUUUCACGGUUUGCUUAGGGACUUUAAUGCAUAAUCGUCAGUGUUGAAAUGAUUUUUAUUUCUUCAAGAGAGCUUUGAGUUGUGAAAACUUAUGUCCUCAUUUUUUUUGCAAACAAAAAGAAACUGAUUGAUAUUUUCUUCAAUUUUUUACUUUGAUAGGAACUUAUAUUUACAUUCUGUUCUGAAGUGAAUAAUAACAGUAAUCACUCGCUAGUGGUACCUACAGUAGCCUUAUUAACCUUUUGAGUACUGAUUUUAUGGAAGACUUUUAUCCACAUAUAACGGAUUUAAUGAUAAAUUGGUGAUAUAAAGAUAUUUUUCAAAGAACAUUCCAAUAACAAAAUGUAAAUAAGUGUAUAAAUGAAACAAAAUAGAAAUAUUUAUAAAGAACAAGAACUAGCUUUGUACUGUGUGGUAUUUUUCAAAACAUGUCAGUAAUUGCAUAGGUAUAUGGUACUGUUUGCACUGUCAAGUGUUUUCUUAUUUUAUAUUUAUAACAUACGCCGCACAAUUGUGUAGGGUGUUUCUUUAAUUCCGUUUCCAGAAUAUUCUCUGGAAAAUGUGUCAAAUUUUUCGCUUGCAAACGAUGUCUUGCAUCGUUACUUGAAGGACGCCCACAGGUAUUAUAAUUUGGCAGGACCACUUAUGCCAAUAAUUCUUCAUUCAAUAAUUUUUAAAAGAAAUUGGACAGUGCCUGUUUUGGUUCCACAAUUGACUUUAUUAUGUAGAACAUGUGAAUUGAAAAUAGCCAUUUCUAUUAGAUAAAACGCCAUUUUUUGUAACUUUUUCACAUUUUCUCAUAAAGGAAAGCACACUAGCAACUAGUCCUGUUUAUAAACUCCUUUCUUACCUGUAUUAUAUUCGACUAUAUUUGAUAAUUUUGUCGAAAUUGUCAUCUUUCUUUUUUCGCUUUUCUACAAUAUUUGAAUGCUUUGCACUAAGCAUGUAUACAUCAUUUUUAUCUUUCCAUUUUAGUGGGAUGAUAACAUUUUGGCCUCUCCUUUUUUUAGUUUGAGGAAAGCAAGUUCUUUUGGCAUGUGCUUUCUAUUCUUUUACACAAUUCUAACUGCAAUUGUAUCUUGUUCCAGUAAUGCUAAAUAUAAUUGUGGAAACGAAUACCAAUUGUAAAUUGGUUGUGCCACUUCUAGGACAAACUCUCAUAUGCUGCUAUAUAAGUUUCCGGUAAUUUAUCUGUGCCAACAUAGAUUUUAAAUCAAAUACAAUAACCUGAUGAAGACUCGCAAAGCUUCUAGAUCCAAACCUCGUUCGUUUCGAUGGAUUGAACUCAAUAUAACUUAAUUUUCCUUUGAACUUCCUAAGAAAUUCAUCUAGUGAUUCUGCGCUUUCUGAAUUAUAAAAAUUGUAGAAUUUAUUUCUAUUUCUAAUUUUCCUAAUUUUAUUAUUUUUAUCCAACUUUUCGUUGUCUGUAAAGUGAAGGAAUCUUGUGACAUCAAAAACGUAUCCAGUGGCAUAGUGGUUGUAAAAAUUGAAGUAUUCAUUAUAGUUCUUUUUGACCAAUAUGAACUCAAUUUAGAUAUUUUAAUUGAGACAUAAGAAUAUAUAAUGCGAUAUAUCCUUUCAUUUCAUCCACAGUUAAUGGAAAUCACUUUAGGUUUCGUUUAAUUGCACAUUCUUUCACAAUUAUUUGAUUGGGAUAUCUAUUCGUUUCUUCUACUGUCAUUUUCCAAAAAAAUAACUUGGUCUAGCCCUUUCAAUGGUGUACAAUUAUCACCUAAUCUACGCAGGUACAAAACAUUGAUUCUAGCUAUUUCUUGAAAUUGUUUUAUAUCAGGAGGAUUUUUUUUUCAUUCUCUAAUUCACUGCCUUAAUUCUACUUGGUACUAUCAUUUUCGCUGUCAUAAAAUGGAUUUUUUAAUUCAGACAUCUCCAAUAGCGUAUCAAAAAGAAAACAGGGAUAAAAUAAUAAUAAGUGGAAUUAACUUUAUUUGCAACUGUAAGAUGUCAAAAACCAACGACAGGAAAUUAUUGGCGAACAACGCCAACUGGUUGGAGUACUUCAAUUCAGAUGACAAGUCAGACUCGUCCACCGUAACUUCGCUCAAUAACAGAUGACGAGACUCAUUCAUCAAAUGUACUCAAAGGGUUAAAAGGGAUAUUGGUAUUUUUUUAUAAAUAUUCGUAUUUUUAAUGGUAUUUUCUAGUGUCUGAGAUUUCAUAAUAAUAUUGAGGUUUUUAACACCGUUGAUCUAAUUUUGCUAACUUCAUCAACUUUAUUGAUUUGAACGGUGAUGUUUUUAGGGAACAUGUGUAAAUAUAUGCCACAGUAACUGUUUCAGAAAGACUAUUUAUUUUUGGAAAUAGAGCUUUUGAUAGUCUCUAUAGUUUCUUUUAAUUUGAUAUUUUGAGUAUAAGAUUUCAAUCAUCGCCUCAAUCACACCACUAACAUGAAAAUUUCAGGGAACAGUUUUUUAUUGAUCGGGUGCUUCUGAAAUAAUUUUAUUUAUAUAAACAGUACAAUAUCUUUUAUAUUCAACAAUUGAAAUUGUUUUGAGGGCUUAUCUUUUUGGACAAGUUGGGAAAAUCAGUGAGUUUAGUUGUUAACAUCGAAUAAAAGUGUAUGUCUAAUCGUCCAGUACAAUAUUUUAUUAUACACAAUUAUUGAGAAUCAACAGUUGAAUGGAUUGACAAAACAAAACUCACUUAUUUUCAUUAAUUAUUAACAUUAAUAUUAAUUUGUGUUGAACGUUUAAUCUGAAAAUUCAUAAUUUACUUUAUAUACCAACUCAUCAAUUGUCCUAACUAUGGUUUUUUCUAGUGUUAAUCCUUCACUAUAUUGAAUCAUAUACAUUGCAAUUUUUAUACUUUUUACACUAUUUUUUUUAUAAAAUAUAUAUUUAAUUAUAAAUCUAUUAGUUAAAUUGUAUUGACCGAUGUUUAUUAGUAUGAACGUUACCUUAGUGCAGGGGUCGGUACCUUUUUUGGCCGCGGAUCAAAAUCAACCAAAACUCGAGUAUUAAAACAGCAUUUUAGAAAUUAAUAACAUACAGUGGAAAUUCGAUUAACCUGACUAAUUGUUGUCGUUAGGAAUUCGGAUAAUCGAAUGUAUGAAGAAAAGCAGGUUUUGUGAAUUAAAAUAAGUUCAUCUCUUAGGUGGUCGUCCGGGUUCUCUUUUCCCUAUUGGUUUCCCUUCAAGUAAGAUGCGUGGCAGUCUACUCUCUUCCAUUACCAGUAUCUUUUUGACUCCCCCAACUUACGGUGUCUUGCACCCCUCAUUGUUUCCUGAUGUCAGUGUUCCUGAUUCGAUCUACUCUUGUUUUUCCCACUAUAGUCCUGAGCGUUUUCAUUUCGGCUACCCGAAGCAUGCUUUUCGUUUUGUUUGUUUCCUCUCUGGUUUCUAUUCCGUAUGUUAUUUAUACAUCACAUUUAUAAGUAGACAAAAUGGCAAAGCCAUUUUUUUAAUGAUGAACACCUCGUAGGAAGUAAUGCCCAACAUGUUGAUAUCUUGAGAAAAUUAUUGUCUUCUGUAUUUUUCAAAUCGUUCCGCAAUUUCUUGAAUUUUUAUAAUCAAUUUCUAAACUAAUAUUGUCAAUUUUAAGAUAUUCAAAAUACUCCAAAUUUAUAAUAUUUUCUUCUAUUUCAUCGAGCUUUAUUAUAAAUGUAAACAUUUCUCCACGUUUCUUAAAACUUUGAAACCGAUUUUCAUAUUCACUUUUAAUGACCGAAAUCCAGUUUUCGAAUAUAUUUAGAUUGCGUUCAUCGGUUUUUUCUUUUUCAUAUUCCCUUUCUAACAAAGGAAAGAAAUGGAAUUUUUCAGUUUCAAAUAAUAUCAAUUUUGAAGUAAAACUCUUCCAUUCCUCACACAUUUUCAAAAUUGUGUACAUUGAAAUCAUUAUAAUGGUUCAUUAUGCCUGUUAAGAACAAAAGUCUUGAAAACCAUUGUUUAUGUGGGUCAUUUGAAAUAACCAAAUGGGUCACUCGGUGACCCACAGGUCACAGGUUGCCGACCCCUGCCCUAGAGUAUACCAUCCAUUUAUUAAGUUGAACUUUGAAGAGUUAUUUCAGGCAAAUUUUUGUGCAGAAAUUCAGAAAAAUUAAGAUUUUUGGUUGGAAGUAAUAAGGUUUAUUAUUAUUUUUUAUUGAAUUUAUAAACGUUUAAAAAUUGUCACAGCUUUAUUGAAAUGUAUACAGUCGACUCUCGUUAAUUCGAAACUCGAGGGAAUGUAUUACGAAUUAUCGAGUGUUUGAAAUAUCAAAUGGCUCGAAAUUUGUGAGAGAAAAUAAAUAAAACUUCGAAUUAAUAAGUGUAAUUAUAAUUUAUUAACUACCAUUCUACUCGUAUAACAAUGUCAAAAGUUUAGAGGUACAUACAUGUAUUCAUAAUGUGAAUUAAUUAAUCUUUCGAAGGAACUCUAUUAUACUGGUUUGCUCCAAAACACAUUGCUGCUGUUUAAUAACUUUUUAGGGGUGUUACAGCUCUCCAUGCCUUGUCAAUCAGUAAAAUAGCUGUCAGAACUGUGAUAUUUGCAGUUGGCUGCUUGUCGAGAGAAUAUAAAACGAGCUUAAUUUCUUUACGAUAGAAUGUCUUAAAAUUAUGGAUGAUCCCUUGGUCCAAUGGUUGCAAUUUGGAAGUUGUAUUUGGCGAAAACAAAUAGAGUUCCACGUUGGACAAUGUAGGAGGACUGUUGUGGACAGUGCAAUUGUAUAAAAAUAGUAAAAUUUUCCGCUUUUGUCGUUUCAUGUCCCCAUCAAUUGUUAAAAAGCUCUGUCGUCAUCGAAACUUUUUUGUUAGCUCGAUAAUCAGUAGGAAACAAUUUCACUCCUUUGAAACAUCGCGGUUUUAUUGCUUUUCCUAUCACUAAGGGUUUGAGUUUUUCCGAUCCGUCCAUAUUUACUGCAAGUAAAAGUGUCAACCUCUCAUUACUAUGUUUUCCCCCAUGACAUUUUUCAUUUUUAAAAGUAAGUGUCUUAUCCGGUAAACAUUUGAAAAAUAGGCCAGUUUCAUGAGUAUUAAAAAUGUCUCGGGCAUCAUAGUUCUCAAUCAAGGUCUUCAAUUUACCGUGCCAAUCUAACCAAACUGCUUCAUCAACACUUCCACUUUCCCCACAAACUUUUUCAAACACAACUUCAUUUCUUUUUUUGAAAUUUUUAAGUCACCCUUCGCUUGCCGCAAAGUUUUUAAUUACAAUCUUUUCGCCUCUUUCUCUCUGCAACUUUGAAUUGUCGAGUGUUGGACGCCUAUGAGUUCGAAUUAACGAGUCGUUUUGUUAUAUAGUAAUGAUUUUUUCAUUUGAAUUA